AUGAACAGAUCUCCAGACUCUCCAACAUACGAUAGCGAUAUUGAUCCAGAAUAUUUUCCAGAAUCGGAUAGUAGUGAAGACGAAAUAAAGGAAUAUUAUAAUCACGAAGAUGAAUUUCUAGAAAUUACUGAAAAUAUCCCUCAGAAUUCUAAAUAUUUGGAAAUAAAAGACAGCAAUCAAACACAUAUUAAAAAAAAUAUUCCAAAGAUUCUUCAAAAUUUAAUCAUAAUGCCGCAAAACUUUAUCACUGAAAGUACAGAAAGGCCGCAAAUGUUAACAGUAAGUGACAUACCUACUUUGUUUUAAACAAAAUUAAAGUUUUUAAGAAAACAUAUUAUGUUGAACUAAAUUUUUAUUGCAAUUUUACAUAUUUCUUCCUAAAGUUUUUUUAAUUUAUCAUACUUACAACAUAAGGAAACGUGGCAUAUUUUAUUGACUAAAGUGCUUAUAAAUCAGAUUAAGUUUGUGUAUAGAAUAGUAAUGAAGUAAAUUAUAUUAUAAAACUGGAUUCUAUACCUACAUUUCUUCAAGAAAUUAACGCAUCACCUUAAAAAUUGGUCAUUUUUAAUGUCUCCAAUUUCCUAAACCUAUUUACUAAGGAUAUACUAAGGAUUUUCACAGUUUUCACUGUAUUCCUUCACUCAACAGUUCUCUCCAGCUCUUUCUGUCUUACCAGUCCCCUUCCUGCAGAUUUCUUCUCUCCAUUACUUCGUCCACUUUAUCUCUGAAGGGUCUUCGGGGUCUGCCUCUCUUCAUUUUUCCUAUCGGGCUCCACUUUGUUAUUCGGUUUAUCCAACGAUUUUACCAGGUUAAUCUCUUUUGUUCGAUGUAGCCUAUUAUGUCUGAGUUCACUCCCAUUCUUCUGUUA